AUAUUGAUUUUUAUCUGAAACGGAAGAACAUAUAAUGUCGGUAUAUCUCCGCGGCCUUCGCUGAGCCACACAGGCGCCUAAAGUAAGUGUAUCUCUGUGUAGUCGUAGUUGGUACAAAUUCACAGAACAUAUUCAGGUCAGUUCGGGUCGGGUCGUAAAGAAAACGACUCAAUUGAAGUAAGGAUAAGAUGGAGAUUAUGUUGCUCGUUCGAGGGUAGAAAUGUCAAUACAUAGUUUUUUACCCUUUGAACAAACUGCUUUUACUUUGGCCAGUCUCUUUCUUUCACGCCGCCCAAUAUUUUUUUUACCUUUCCGAAAUGGAGCUUCUCGCCGGCGACUGUCGGAAACGAGUCGGCGACGAAUUCAGCGAAGAUGUUGACCCUUUCGACGGCUCAGAUGGUGGUUGCGGAUGGAUGUACGGUAGCCGUGAAUCGGGUUCUCACGGAAACGACGACGCUUUGGCUACGCUCGCAGACUUGGCUUCCCCUCCUCAGAAACUCAAACCUAUCAGGUGUGGCGUUAAGCCUCCGUCGUCCUCGUCUGAGGAUCGUCAUCCUCUUGAUAUUCUCGCCGGAACUCUAGAUAGGCUGCCGGAGAUGGGCUUUGGCUGCUUCGAUACUCCCUUGGGAUCGAAGAUUGCUGACGUUGAGCAAAGUGGUCAAUUGACUCGCGGGUUUUCAAAAGGUGAUGAUCCUCUUCCCCUCCACAUAGAGUUUCAAGCUCGUAAUCGCCUCUCUUGGGAUGGUGUCUCUCUCAGUUCCUCUGUUGAUAGCGAUAGUGACUCAUCCCCAGACGUUGGCAAGACCGUCACAGGUAAAAGAAAGCGGAAAACAAGGGUAAAGCUGGAGCAUUUCUUGGAGAAGUUGGUGGGAAUUAUGAUGAAGCGGCAGGAGAAGAUGCAUAACCAGUUGAUUAAGGUGAUGGAGAAGAUGGAAGGGGAGAGAAUACGCCGUGAGGAAGCUUGGAGGCAACAGGAAAUCGAGAGGAUGAAACAGAAUGAAGAGGCACGGAAGCAAGAGAUGGCACGCAGCUUGUCUCUCAUCUCUUUCAUUAGAACUGUAAUUGGUGACGAGAUUGAGAUCCCUAAACCCUCUGAAUUCCCGCAGCCACUCCAGCAGAUCCUUCCCGAGAAAUGUGAAUCCGCGCAGACACAAAGAGAGAGAACGUUUAGGUAUUCAAGAAGCGGCGGCAGAAGGUGGCCGCAAGAGGAAGUGCAGGCAUUGAUAAGUGCAAGAAGCUACGUGGAAGACAAGUCGGGGAUCAACAAGGGUUCGAUUUGGGAUGAGAUAUCAGCAAGAAUGAAGGAAAGAGGGUACGAAAGAUCUGCUAAAAAGUGCAAGGAGAAGUGGGAGAACAUGAACAAGUACUACAGGAGAGUCAUGGAAGGUGGGAGGAAACAGCCUGAGCACAGCAAGACUCGCUCAUACUUUGAGAAACUUGGAGAUUUUUAUAAGACAAACUCCUCGGGUGAGAGGGAAGAGUGACAAGAUUUUAAAUUAGGUUUUUGGCACGCAAAACGGAAACUUGUAGAUGAUGAUUUCUCGAGUUUAAAUUUUUAUUUUGGUGUAGCUUUAAUUUUUUUAAUAACUCCUACUACGACUCUGUAUCCGUAUGGGUGUUUUGAGUUUAGAAGGUUCUAAUAAAAAAGACAAAUACGUUGGUGGUCGGGA